AUGUCUUCUAAUGGUUCGUGGUUAUGGCCUAAUGCUUGGCGUGACACUUAUCCAGUCCUUAUUCAACUUGAUCAGGUACAACGGGAUGUUAAUGUGCAAGAUCGAUUGUUUUGGAAAGAUGGAGACGAUUUCAGUGAUUAUUCUUCUUCGGGAGUCUGGAACUCUAUCAGAGCUAGCGAACCGGAGGUGGAUUGGGCUAGUAUUGUUUGGUUUGCGCAGUGUAUUCCUCACCAUGCUUUCGUUAUGUGGCUUAUUAUGCGGCGUAAAUUGACGACUCAGGAUAAAAUUCUUCAAUGGAAUACCACAAGAAGAAAUUCCAUGAAUAUGAUGUGUUGCCUCUUGUGCUAUGAAAAUAUUGACUCGCAUGAUCAUUUAUUUUUUGAGUGCAAGUUCUCUACUCAGGUUUGGAAGACGAUUCGAACCAAAGCAGGUAUGGGUAAUGUGGAAGCAAAGUGGAGCGUUAUUGUGGAAUGGCUUCAGCUUCGAGCUAGAUCCAAAUCCGCUGCCAACCUUGUUUGUCGAUUAAUUGUUGCUGCUUCAGCUUAUGUUAUUUGGCAGGAACGAAACCAUCAUUUAUUCAAGAAUCAUGCAAGCCCCCCAGAAAAUAUCUGUGCUUCGAUUUUUGACAUUGUCCGAUAUAAAUUGAUGGGUUUAAAGUUCAAGAAUACGCCUAAAGUGAGGAUACUUCUUGAGAAGUGGGAGAUUCAUGGAGACUCGGUCGUUGAUGAUGGAGGCUAA